AUGGAAAACCGCCGAAUUCGCAUUGGAAUUAUCGGCGGAGGCCUAGCAGGGGCGUCGAUCGCCAAUUCUCUGUCCCGAAUUCCCUCCAUCGCAAUCGAUGUUUUCGAGGCGGCCCCGGAGUUCUCGGAGCGCGGUGCCGCGGUGGGCUUGGCUCUUCCUUCUCAGCGGGCACUUCAAGAAUUGCUAGAGGAUGCAAAGGAGACUCUAAGAAAGGCUCAAAGCGUCCCCAUUGCCAGCAGCAGGUUUAUGCUUGGAUCUGGCCCACAUGCAGGCACUGUCGUUGUGGAUUUUGGCGAUGCUGAAAAGUUCGGGGCGCCCGAACUCAUCGUCCACCGAGCCUCGCUCCUGCGAGAGCUCCUUGCACCAUUGCCUGAAAGCAUAUUACACCCAAACAAGAAAAUGAUCUCUAUUGUUAAAACUGACGCAGGGGUCAAGGUCUAUUUUGCAGACGGAACAGACUACGAGUUCGACGCAGUCAUUGGAGCAGAUGGCGUGUUCGGUACCGUCCGCGACCAUGUCUUGGCUGAUGAAGCAAAGCAAUAUUCGGCAUCUCCUGCCGGGUUUUGGGAUUGCAGGGUUUUGGUUCCUUUUGAGAAGGCAAAAGCGGUUCUGGGUGAAGACCUUUUCAAGCUUGAUCGCCAAUAUGGCUGGGCGGGUGAUGGUGCCUUUCUUCUGCACGAUGUUUUGGAGAACGGUACGGUGGUCCACUGUGUGAUAUCUGCCGUUGAGCAUGAAUCUCCCCCUGAUCGGAAACAUAAACUCACGAGAGAGUUCCUAAACAAAACAUUGGCCAACUGGUUGGAUGGCCCUAUUGCCAGCGGAAUCAUUGAUCUCGUGUUGGAGCAAGAUGAUCCUCGAGGCUAUUCCGAGUGGGAACACAAGGCAACGCCUACAUACGCCCGCGGCCGAGUCUGUAUCAUGGGCGACGCUGCCCACGCCUCAACGCCUUUUCAGGCUGCUGGCGCAGGGCAGGCCUUUGAGGAUGGCAUGAUCCUCUCCGCUCUCUUGGGGCAUAUAUCAUCCCCCGAUGAUAUAGAGGCCGCGUUCAAAGUAUAUGAUGAGGUCCGAAGACCAAGAUGCCAGCGCGUCAUUGACUCCAGCCGCGGGACAGGUCUGAUCAUGUGCGGGAGAUCUGAGGCCGGGCUUGACCCAGAAAAGAUCUUGCAAGCGGUUGCCCCACGAUGGGACUUUCUCAACCUGGACUUAAAAUCUUAUGUUCAGGAAGCGGUGCAGAAACUCGAUGAGCGUCUCGGAGCUUGA